AUGGGUGCAUCAGACUUAGGUUCUGCUUUAGCAAAUUGCAUUAAUAUCUCAAAUUUGACACUUUACCUUGGUGAUAAUUAAAUUGGUGAUGAAGGUACAUCAGGCUUAGGUUCUGCUUUAGCAAAUUGCAUUAAUCUCUCAAAUUUGACUCUUGAUCUUUGUGGCAAUUUAAUUGGUGCAAUGGGUGCAUCAGCCUUAGGUUCUGCAUUAGCAAAUUGCAUUAAUAUCUCAAAUUUGACACUUUAUCUUGACGGUAAUUAAAUUGGUGAUGAAGGUACAUCAGGCUUAGGUUCUGCUAUAGCAAAUUGCAUUAAUCUCUCAAUUUUGACACUUAACUUUAGUGGCAAUUAAAUUGGUGCAAUGGGUGCAUCAGGCUUAGGUUCAGCUUUAGCAAAUUGCAUUAAUCUCUCAAAUUUGACACUUUAUCUUGAUAACAAUUAAAUUGAUUAUGAAGGUGCAUCAGGCCUAGGCUCUGCUUUAGCAAAUUGCAUUAAUCUCUCAAAUUUGGAAGUUUGGCUUGACUCAAUCAAUGAUGCAUAAGAAUUGAAAAUAAUAAACAAGUAUCUUAAAUCAAAAAGAUUAGUUGUCUUUGAGAUAUAAUACUUAUGA